AUGAACACGCCGAUCACGACUCCGGAGCAGGGUGAGCGGGAGGAGGGAGAGGGCGGGAAUGGAGGGAGUGUCAUGGUCAUGGGAGUGAAGAAGAAGAAGAAGAACACCACCGCCAAACGCCUCAAAUUUGACCCGGCCAUCCACGGCAUCGAGCUGCAAAACCAACUCCUCCAGCAUAAAGACUCCUUUGAGAGGUUCAUCACACGGCGCAUGUCCGCCAGGACCAGGGUCUCAAUCACAACCGCAACCGCAACCAGCAACAGCACCCCUACUACCUUCGUUGCCAAACGCCUCAGAUUUGACCUGGCCAUCCACGACAUCGAGCUGCAAAACCAACUCCUCCAGCGUAAAGACUCUUUUGAGAAGCUCAUCACACGGUGCAUGUCCGCCAGGAACAGAUUCACAACCAUAAUCACAACCCCAACCAGCAGCAGCGCCCCUACUACCUCCCUCGCCGUCCGCUACAUCUUAAAAACGAACCCACACCAAGCCGAAACCCAACCCCCAAUACCAGAUCCACAACCAAAUGAGACACAAGAACAAGAAAACCGAGAAGGGUGGUCCCCCAUCCACUAUCGCGACCCAGGCCAGCGGGAAAGGCUGCGCGAGCUGUGGCAGAAGAGAAGGCAACGUAGUUGGUGA